UAAGUAAAGCUACAAGAAUGCUAGACAUUCAGUAAAUCAAUAACCACAAAACAUGUUGAAACCUCAAGUCAAGAACCUCUACAAUCACAGAUGCCCCACUCCACCGUUAGCCACACAGGGAAACAAGUCUUUUAUCUCCAACAAUGGAAACCCUACUUCCUUUCUAUCACAUAACACGCUUGCGUUGCCCGUCAAACGUCAAACUCAUUUCGCUUCACGGCGGCACACAGGCAACUCAACUGGCCGAAUCAAAGCCAUUGCUAGAGAAUCCACCACUGCCAGUACCGUCAAAACCAUCAGCCUCAAAGCCGUGAUUACAGUCAAUGUGACCGUGGGUGGGUUCUUAUCAAACAUUUUAACGAAAGGGUUAGAUGACCUCACCGAUUUGCUUGGAAAAUCUUUGCUUAUGGAGCUUGUUGCAGCCGAGACUGACCCUGCGACGGGAUUGCUAAAAGAUACAAUCAAGGAUUAUGCUCAUCGAACUGGUAAAAAAGCAGACGAUGUAACAUAUUUAGCAGAAUUUGAAGUACCAGAAGAUUUUGGUACAAUUGGAGCGAUUAAGAUAGAAAACGAACACCAUAAAGAGGUAUUCGUUGAAUCUGUUGUAAUAGAAGGCUCCGCCAUCGGUCCUAUUACUGUCCAAUGUGAGUCAUGGGUUCAAUCCAAAUUCAACAACCCAGAGGGUCGUGUUUUCUACGUUGACAAGGUAGCAUGCCUACCAUCUGAGACGCCAAGCGGCCUGAAGAAUUUCCGAGAGAAGGAACUAGCGACUCUUCGUGGUGAGGGUGCCCCCGAUGGACCACGGAAAAAGGAAGAUAGAAUUUAUGAUUAUGACGUGUAUAAUGAUCUCGGCGAUCCAGACAAGGAUCCUGAAUUGGCCCGCUGUGUACUCGGCACUGAAAAAAACCCAUACCCUAGGCGUUGCAAAACGGGCCGACCUCCAACCAAAUCAGAUCCAUUAUCAGAAUCAAGAAGCAGCGACGUUUACGUGCCAAGGGAUGAAGCCUUUUCUGAGAUAAAGAACCUAACGUUUAACGCCAAGACUGUAUUUUCAGUGCUGAAAGCAGUGAUACCUUCAGUCGAAACGUCAAUGAUUGACCAGGAUCUUGGGUUCCCAUACUUCACAGCCAUUGAUUCUCUGUUCAAUGAGGGUGUUAAUUUGCCAACGAUCGAAAGCAAAGUGUUUCUUGGGAAUGUUCUACCGAGACUUUUAAAGUCGAUAUCAGAUGCCCAAAAUAAUGUCUUGCUUUUUGAGACUCCUGAAAUGAUUGAUAGAGAUAAGUUUGGUUGGAUGAAGGAUGCAGAAUUUGGUCGCCAAACUCUAGCUGGUCUUAAUCCGUUGAGUAUAACCUUGGUAAAGGAAUGGCCAUUGAAAAGUAAACUUGACCCUAAGGAAUACGGUCCCCCUGAAUCUGCAAUAACCAAAGAGAUUGUUGAGAGAGAGAUCAGAGGCUAUUGCACACUUGAGGAGGCAAUAGAGAACAAGAAGCUUUACAUACUUGACUAUCAUGAUCUCUUCCUGCCUUACGUGCACAAAGUUAGAGAACAGAAAAUGAGAACAACUCUAUAUGGAUCAAGAACUCUGUUGUACCUUACUCCAACUGGAACGCUGAGACCAUUAGCCAUCGAGUUGGUUCGCCCACCUAAAGAUGACAAGCCUCAAUGGAAACGAGUAUUCACUCCUUGUUGGGACGCAACCGGCAUGUGGCUAUGGAAGCUGGCUAAGCUGCAUGUUCUUGCUCAUGAUAGUGGUUACCAUCAGCUUGUUAGUCACUGGUUGAGAACACAUUGUUGCACCGAGCCUUAUAUAAUUGCAACUAAUCGCCAGCUUAGUAAAAUGCACCCAAUACAUAAUCUUUUACACCCUCAUUUCCGGUACACGAUGGAGAUUAAUGCCUUGGCUCGAGAAGCACUCAUAAACUGUGCUGGCGUUAUCGAAGGUGGCUUUUCACCAGGGAAGUAUAGUAUUGAGAUGAGUUCAGCUGUAUACGGUGCACAAUGGCGUUUUGAUCAUGAAGCAUUGCCAGCUGACCUUAUUGCUAGGGGUCUGGCUGUGGAAGAUCCAGAUUCUCCACAUGGUUUGAAGCUAUCUAUAGAAGAUUACCCUUAUGCAAAUGACGGUUUAAUCCUUUGGGAUAUCAUCAAAGAUUGGGUGACAAACUACGUGAACCACUACUACCCUGAAGAGAAUCUUGUAAAAUCUGAUCAAGAACUCCAAGCAUGGUGGACCGAAAUCCGAACAAUGGGCCAUGCAGACAAAAAAGACGAACCAUGGUGGCCCGUUCUCAACACACCAAACGACCUUAUCGGCAUUCUCACAACAAUCAUAUGGGUAGCAUCAGGCCACCAUGCAGCUGUUAACUUCGGGCAGUAUGACUAUGCAGGUUAUGUUCCGAACCGGGCCACCAUAGCCCGGGUUAAGAUGCCAUGUGAAGACCCGACUGAUGAUGAAUGGGAAACUUUUAAACGUAGGCCUGAAGAUGAACUUUUGUCUACACUUCCUUCUCAGGUUCAAGCCACCAAGAUUAUGGCGGUUUUGGAUGUGUUAUCGAACCAUUCGCCCGAUGAGGAGUAUAUUGGGGCUACAAAGGAGACACCUUUUGAGGCAGUUCCAGAGAUAAAAGCUGCCUAUGAAAUGUUUGCAGGGAGGUUGAAGGAGUUGGAAGGGAUUAUUGAUGGUAGGAAUGCUGAUGAGAACCUGAAGAAUAGAAAUGGAGCUGGUGUUGUGCCCUAUAACCUUCUAAAACCUUAUUCAGACCCUGGUGUGACUGGCCAAGGAAUUCCAAAUAGUAUUUCUAUCUAAAUGGUUGGUUGAAUAUGUAUAUUUGUUAAAGUGAUAAUAAAGGGUUCUUGUUUUGAA